GAGCUAAUUUUUAAGCUGGAGAAAGUUGAAAUAUCUAUUUUACUAACAAUAACAUAAGUUAUUUAGCAACACUAAAUCAGCAGAAGUUAGGCUAAAUAAGCCAUCAUAUGAAAACUGUGAAUUGUUUAUAAUAAUUGAGCUUAUAAUCUGCAGACAUCCCGCCAACGAUGACCAUAUAAAAUAUGCUCACACAGAAAACGCUGCAAGCAAACACGAGAUCCCUUCAUCCUGCUUCUUCUUUCUCGAAAAAAUAUGUACAAAUAUAAUUCACUUUUACGUAGCUUUGACAGCAUUAUCAUUGGACUUUUCAGCUUCCAUUUAGCAUGAGGAAACAAUUUUUCCAACAGCUAAUGAUGUCUCUUGAUUUGUACUGGAAAACGUUGAAGGGAACCGAUGCUUUAGCAGUGAGGUUGUUUGGGGGAUCACUCCUCUACAUACGUGGUCUUCUGGUCCGUCUUUUAUCUAUAGGUUCGAUGCCAAAACACAUCGCCUUUAUUCUGGAUGGUAAUCGGAGGUAUGCGAAGAAACAUAAUAUGGACAGGGGCACUGGAUACAGAGCUGGAUUCUUGGCUAUUAUGUCCAUGCUCCAGUAUUGCUAUGAAUUUGGAGUCGAGUACACAACAAUAUAUGCAUUCAGCAUUGAUAAUUUCAAGAGAAGGCCAGAGGAAGUACAGCUCUUGAUGGACUUACUGCUGGAGAAAAUCCAAAAACUGCUCCAUGACAAAAGCAUGGUCAAUCAAUAUGGAGUGAGGGUACAUUUCGUGGGGAACCUGAAGCUUCUUAGAGAACCGGUUAGAGUUGCAGCUGAGGAGGUGAUGAAAGCCACUGCUAACAACACCAAGAUCACUCUCCUUGUCUGUUUGGCAUAUUCGUCCACAGAUGAGAUCGUGCACGCUGUUCAAGCAUCCUGCCAAGAGAAAUGGAAUGAAGUCCAGCAAGUUAACGCGAACAAAGCUCAAAACGUUGAAAUGACUAAACAAAUGCCGGAGCAAAAUGAUGUCAUAAAACUGGUGGAUAUAGAGAGGCAUAUGGACAUGAGUUUGGCACCCGAUCCUGAUAUUCUGAUUCGAACUUCAGGCGCGACUCGCCUUAGCAAUUUCCUUCUUUGGCAGACCACAGACUGUGUGCUGUAUUCACCAAAGACAUUGUUUCCUGAGAUUGGUUUGCCACACUUGAUAUGGGCAGUGUUGAAAUUCCAGCGACAGUAUCCUCAUUUGCAGAAGAGAAAGAAGCAGUUGUAAAAUCAUUACUACUAUUGCUCUUUUAGUCUUUAAUGUAUUUUUACCUUUAUUAUAAAACAUACUGAUCUCCCUUUAAUAUAACCUUUCAUGAUUGCUGUA